AUGGAUGUGAAGGAACGUCGGCCUUACUGCUCCCUGACGAAGAGCCGGCGGGACAAGGAGCGGCGCUACACCAACUCGUCGGCGGAAAACGAGGAGUGCAGAGUGCCGACACAGAAGUCGUACAGCUCCAGCGAAACCCUGAAGGCUUUUGAUCAUGAUUCCUCUAGGCUGCUCUAUGGAAACCGGGUAAAAGACUUGGUCCACAGAGAAGCAGAUGAGUAUUCGAGACAAGGACAGAAUUUUACCCUAAGGCAGCUAGGAGUGUGUGAGCCGGCAGCUCGUCGAGGCCUGGCGUUCUGCGCGGAGAUGGGGCUCCCGCACCGAGGCUACUCCAUGAGCGCGGGCUCGGACGCCGACACGGAGAACGAGGGCGUGAUGUCUCCCGAGCACGCCAUGCGCCUCUGGGGCCGCGGCGCCAAGUCGGGCCGCAGCUCCUGCCUCUCCAGCCGCUCCAACUCGGCCCUCACUCUCACCGACACCGAGCACGAGAACAAGUCCGACAGUGAGAAUGAGCAACCUGCAAAUACCCAAGGGCAGUCGACGCUGCAGCCGUUGCCUCCGCCGCACAAGCAGCACUCGGCACAGCACCACCCGUCCAUCACCUCGCUUAACAGGAACUCCCUGAGCAACAGGAGGACCCAGAGCCCGGCGCCGCCGGCUGCGCUGCCCGCCGAGCUGCAAACCACACCUGAGUCCGUCCAGCUGCAGGACAGCUGGGUCCUUGGCAGUAAUGCGCCUCUGGAAAGCAGGCAUUUCCUAUUCAAAACAGGAACAGGGACCACGCCGCUGUUCAGCACUGCGACACCAGGGUACACAAUGGCAUCCGGCUCCGUGUAUUCCCCUCCGACUCGGCCGCUGCCGAGGAACACCCUGUCCAGAAGUGCUUUUAAGUUCAAGAAGUCUUCAAAGUAUUGCAGCUGGAAAUGCACCGCCCUCUGUGCUGUAGGAGUCUCGGUGCUGCUGGCAAUACUGCUUUCCUACUUUAUAGCAAUGCAUCUGUUUGGCCUCAACUGGCAGCUGCAGCAAACUGAAAAUGAUACWUUUGAGAAUGGAAAAGUGAAUUCUGAUACUGCGCCAACACAUCCUGUAACAGUACCUGCUGGAGAAAAUGGAAAAGUAGGGGGAUUUGCACAAGAAAACAACACUAUAGAUUCUGGAGAACUAGAUAUAGGCCGAAGAGCAAUACAAGAAGUUCCUCCUGGAAUUUUCUGGAGAUCACAACUCUUCAUUGAUCAGCCACAAUUUCURAAAUUCAAUAUAUCUCUUCAGAAGGAUGCACUGAUUGGAGUAUAUGGCCGAAAAGGCUUACCACCUUCACAUACUCAGUACGACUUCGUGGAGCUGCUGGACGGCAGCCGGCUGAUCGCGCGGGAGCAGCGCAACCUGCUCGAGGCGGAGCGAGCGGGCCGGCAGGCCCGCUCCGUGAGCCUGCACGAGGCCGGCUUCAUCCAGUACCUGGAUUCGGGCAUCUGGCACUUGGCCUUUUACAACGACGGCAAGAACGCCGAGCAGGUGUCCUUUAAUACCAUCGUUAUAGAGUCUGUCGUGGAGUGCCCCCGGAACUGCCACGGCAACGGAGAGUGCGUUUCUGGGACGUGCCACUGUUUCGCCGGCUUCCUGGGCCCCGACUGCUCCCGAGCGGCCUGCCCCGUGCUGUGCAGCGGCAACGGGCAGUACUCCAAGGGGCGCUGCCUCUGCUACAGCGGCUGGAAGGGCACCGAGUGCGACGUGCCGGCCACCCAGUGCAUCGACCCGCAGUGCGGCGGCCGGGGCAUCUGCAUCAUGGGCUCCUGCGCCUGCAACUCGGGCUACAAAGGGGAGAACUGCGAGGAAGCUGAUUGCCUAGACCCAGCCUGUUCCAGCCACGGUGUUUGCAUCCACGGCGAGUGUCACUGUAACCCAGGCUGGGGGGGUGGCAACUGUGAGAUCCUGAAGACGAUGUGCCCGGAUCAGUGCUCCGGCCAUGGCACCUACCUUCAAGAGAGCGGUACCUGCACCUGUGACCCAAAUUGGACAGGUCCAGAUUGCUCCAAUGAGAUCUGCUCCGUGGACUGCGGCGCGCACGGCGUCUGCAUGGGCGGCACGUGCCGCUGCGAGGACGGCUGGACGGGCGCCGCGUGCAGCCAGAGAGCGUGCCACCCGCGCUGCGCCGAGCACGGCACCUGCAAGGACGGCAAGUGCGAGUGCAGCCAGGGCUGGAACGGCGAGCACUGCACUAUCGCUCACUAUUUGGAUAAGAUAGUGAAAGAGGGCUGCCCUGGCCUGUGCAACAGCAACGGGAGGUGCACGCUGGACCAGAACGGCUGGCACUGCGUGUGCCAGCCCGGCUGGCGCGGGGCCGGCUGCGACGUGGCCAUGGAGACUCUGUGCACUGACAGUAAGGACAACGAAGGAGAUGGGCUGGUGGACUGUAUGGAUCCUGACUGCUGUUUGCAGAGCUCUUGCCAAAAUCAGCCUUACUGCCGUGGACUCCCUGAUCCCCAAGAUAUUAUCAGCCAAAGCCAGCAGUCGCCCUCUCAGCAAGCUGCCAAAGCAUUUUAUGACCGGAUCAGUUUCCUCAUAGGAGCGGAGAGCACUCACGUCAUCCCCGGCGAAAGCCCUUUCAACAAGAGCCUUGCRUCUGUCAUAAGGGGCCAGGUACUCACUGCUGAUGGAACACCCCUCAUUGGUGUCAAUGUCUCCUUCUUACACUAUCCAGAGUAUGGAUAUACAAUCACUCGGCAAGACGGAAUGUUUGACUUGGUAGCAAAUGGUGGCGCCUCCCUGACACUGGUGUUUGAACGAUCACCCUUCCUGACACAGUUUCACACGGUGUGGAUUCCCUGGAAUGUCUUUUAUGUCAUGGAUACCCUGGUCAUGAAAAAGGAAGAAAAUGACAUUCCUAGCUGUGAUCUGAGUGGAUUUGUACGGCCCAACCCUGUUAUUGUGUCAUCACCUUUAUCUACCCUCUUUCGAAUUUCUCCGGAAGAUAGUCCUAUCAUCCCAGAGACACAGGUGCUUCAUGAAGAGACUACAAUACCAGGAACUGAUCUGAAGUUAUCCUACUUAAGCUCCAGGGCUGCAGGCUACAAAUCUGUUCUGAAGAUCACAAUGACCCAGUCUGUUAUACCAUUUAAUUUAAUGAAAGUUCACCUUAUGGUGGCAGUGGUGGGAAGACUUUUCCAAAAAUGGUUCCCUGCGUCCCCAAAUCUGGCGUACACUUUCAUAUGGGAUAAAACAGAUGCGUACAACCAGAGAGUCUACGGAUUAUCUGAAGCUGUUGUGUCUGUAGGUUAUGAGUAUGAGUCUUGCUUGGAUCUAACUCUUUGGGAAAAGCGGACUGCCAUUCUGCAAGGCUACGAACUGGAUGCCUCAAACAUGGGUGGUUGGACAUUGGAUAAACAUCACGUGUUGGAUGUGCAGAAUGGAAUCCUGUACAAAGGAAAYGGUGAAAAUCAAUUUAUAUCUCAGCAGCCCCCAGUUGUUAGUAGCAUUAUGGGCAAUGGAAGAAGACGCAGCAUCUCCUGCCCGAGUUGCAAUGGCCAAGCGGAUGGUAAUAAAUUACUGGCCCCCGUUGCCUUAGCGUGUGGGAUAGAUGGCAGCCUCUACGUGGGGGAUUUCAACUAUGUUCGGCGGAUAUUUCCAUCUGGAAAUGUAACGAGUGUUUUGGAACUCAGCAGCAACCCGGCUCACAGAUACUACCUCGCCACAGACCCUGUCACYGGAGAUCUGUACGUCUCUGACACAAACACGCGCAGGAUUUAUCGGCCCAGGUCGCUCACCGGUGCCAAAGACCUGACCAAAAACGCCGAGGUGAUCGGAGGGACUGGGGAGCAGUGCCUGCCGUUUGACGAGGCAAGAUGUGGUGAUGGAGGCAAGGCGGUGGAGGCAACGCUCAUGAGCCCUAAAGGAAUAGCAAUCGACAAGAAUGGGCUAAUCUAUUUUGUCGAUGGCACCAUGAUCAGGAAAGUAGAUCAAAAUGGAAUCAUAUCCACGUUGCUUGGCUCCAACGACCUGACCUCAGCACGACCGCUCACCUGUGAUACCAGCAUGCACAUCAGCCAGGUACGCCUGGAGUGGCCUACAGAUCUAGCUAUCAACCCGAUGGAUAACUCCAUUUAUGUUUUGGAUAACAACGUGGUUCUGCAGAUCACAGAAAACCGCCAGGUUCGCAUCGCCGCCGGGAGGCCGAUGCACUGCCAGGUGCCUGGAGUGGAGUACUCGGUGGGAAAGCACGCGGUGCAGACCACACUGGAGUCAGCAACUGCCAUUGCCGUGUCCUACAGCGGGGUGCUUUACAUCACAGAGACCGAUGAAAAGAAGAUUAAUAGGAUACGGCAGGUUACAACCGACGGAGAGAUAUCCUUAGUUGCUGGAAUACCUUCCGAGUGUGAUUGCAAAAACGACGUCAACUGCGACUGCUACCAGAGCGGCGACGGCUACGCCAAGGACGCCAAGCUGAACGCGCCUUCCUCUCUGGCGGUGUCUCCGGACGGAACGCUCUACAUCGCCGACCUGGGCAAUAUCAGGAUACGGGCCGUGUCGAAGAACAAGCCCUUGCUGAAYUCCGUGAACUUCUAUGAAGUUGCUUCUCCCACUGAUCAAGAGCUGUACAUCUUUGAUGUCAAUGGUACGCACCAGUACACUGUGAGUUUAGUCACUGGAGACUAUAUCUACAACUUCAGCUACAGCAAUGACAAUGACAUUACUGCGGUAACGGAUAGCAAUGGGAAUACGCUCCGUAUCCGGCGCGAUCCCAACAGGAUGCCAGUGAGAGUGGUCUCCCCCGAUAACCAGGUCAUCUGGUUGACGAUAGGCACUAAUGGGUGUUUGAAAAGCAUGACUGCCCAAGGACAGGAGCUCGUUUUGUUUACCUACCACGGCAACAGUGGCCUUCUGGCAACCAAAAGCGACGAGACCGGAUGGACCACGUUUUUCGACUACGAUAGCGAGGGCCGCCUAACAAACGUUACAUUCCCAACUGGAGUUGUCACUAACCUUCAUGGGGAAAUGGAAAGGGCCAUUACAGUGGACAUUGAAUCAUCCAGCAGAGAGGAAGAUGUCAGCAUCACUUCCAAUUUAUCAUCAAUUGAUUCUUUCUAUACCAUGGUUCAAGAUCAGUUGAGGAACAGCUACCAGAUCGGCUAUGAUGGCUCCCUGCGCAUCCUGUACGCCAGCGGGCUGGAUUCCCACUACCAGACGGAGCCGCACGUGCUGGCGGGCACGGCCAACCCCACGGUAGCAAAGCGCAACAUGACCCUGCCCGGCGAGAACGGCCAGAACGUGGUGGAGUGGAGGUUCCGGAAGGAGCAAGCCCAGGGAAAGGUCAACGUGUUUGGCCGCAAGCUCCGGGUUAACGGCAGAAACCUCCUUUCAGUUGACUUCGACCGAACCACGAAGACGGAGAAGAUCUACGACGACCACCGCAAGUUUCUGCUGCGGAUCGCCUACGACACGUCGGGGCACCCGACGCUGUGGCUGCCCAGCAGCAAGCUCAUGGCUGUCAACGUCACCUACUCGUCCAGCGGGCACAUCGGCAGCAUCCAGCGCGGCACCACGAGCGAGAAAAUCGAGUACGACGGGCAGGGGAGGAUCGUGUCGCGCGUGUUCGCCGACGGCAAGACGUGGAGCUACACGUAUUUGGAAAAGUCAAUGGUUCUUCUGCUUCAUAGCCAGCGGCAGUACAUCUUUGAAUACGAUCUGUUGGACCGGCUCUCGGCCGUCACCAUGCCGAGCGUGGCCCGGCACACCAUGCAGACCAUCCGCUCCAUCGGCUACUACCGGAAUAUCUACAACCCCCCSGAGAGCAACGCCUCGGUCAUAAUGGACUACAACGAAGAAGGACAGCUCCUUCAAACGGCGUUCCUGGGCACGAGCCGGAGAGUGCUGUUCAAGUACAGGCGGCAGACCAAGCUCUCCGAAAUCCUGUACGACAGCACGAGAGUCAGCUUCACUUACGACGAGACGGCCGGCGUCCUGAAAACGGUGAACCUCCAAAGUGAUGGUUUCAUCUGCACCAUUAGGUACAGGCAGAUCGGCCCGCUGAUCGACAGGCAGAUAUUCCGCUUCAGCGAGGACGGAAUGGUCAAUGCCCGGUUUGACUACAGCUACGACAACAGCUUCCGAGUGACCAGCAUGCAGGGCGUCAUCAACGAAACGCCCCUGCCCAUAGAUCUGUACCAGUUCGAUGAUAUCUCUGGUAAAGUGGAGCAGUUUGGAAAAUUCGGCGUCAUAUAUUAUGAUAUCAACCAGAUCAUUUCUACGGCUGUAAUGACUUACACAAAACACUUUGAUGCCCAUGGCCGCAUCAAGGAAAUUCAGUAUGAAAUAUUUAGGUCGUUAAUGUAUUGGAUUACAAUUCAGUACGAUAACAUGGGACGAGUGACAAAAAGAGAAAUCAAGAUUGGACCGUUUGCCAACACCACAAAAUACGCCUAUGAAUAUGAUGUAGAUGGUCAGCUCCAGACAGUCUAUCUAAAUGAAAAAAUCAUGUGGCGAUACAACUAUGACUUGAAUGGCAACCUCCAUUUGCUCAACCCCAGCAACAGUGCCCGCUUGACGCCGCUUCGCUAUGACCUGAGAGACAGAAUAACUCGACUCGGUGACGUUCAGUACCGCUUAGAUGAGGAUGGAUUCCUGCGACAGAGGGGCACCGAGAUCUUUGAGUACAGCUCCAAGGGCCUCCUUACRAGAGUGUACAGCAAAGGCAGCGGGUGGACGGUCAUUUACCGGUAUGAYGGACUCGGACGGCGAGUUUCCACUAAGACUAGCCUUGGACAGCAUCUCCAGUUCUUCUAUGCAGACCUUACUUAUCCGACCAGGAUAACGCACGUAUACAACCACUCCAGUUCUGAAAUCACGUCUCUCUAUUAUGACCUGCAAGGACAUCUUUUUGCCAUGGAAAUUAGCAGUGGUGAUGAGUUCUACAUUGCGUCAGACAAUACAGGGACACCAUUGGCUGUUUUUAGUAGCAACGGUCUCAUGCUUAAGCAAAUUCAAUACACUGCUUAUGGAGAGAUCUACUUUGACUCUAACCUUGACUUUCAGCUGGUAAUAGGCUUCCAUGGGGGCUUGUAUGACCCCCUGACCAAGCUAGUCCACUUUGGAGAGAGAGAUUAUGACAUAAUGGCAGGCCGAUGGACCACACCUGAUAUCGAGAUCUGGAAAAGAAUUGGGAAAGACCCAGCUCCUUUUAAUUUGUACAUGUUCAGAAACAACAACCCGGCCAGCAAGAUACAUGAUGUGAAGGAUUAUAUCACAGAUGUUAACAGCUGGUUGGUGACAUUUGGCUUCCACCUGCACAACGCCAUUCCUGGAUUUCCUGUUCCCAAAUUUGACUUAACAGAACCUUCUUAUGAACUUGUGAAGAGCCAGCAAUGGGAGGAUAUACCACCAAUUUCUGGGGUGCAGCAACAAGUGGCGAGGCAGUCGAAGGCUUUCCUGUCCCUGGGAAAGAUGGCCGAAGUGCAGGUGAGCCGGCGGCGAUGCGGGGCCGAGAAGUCGUGGCUGUGGUUCGCCACGGUCAAGUCCCUGAUCGGCAAGGGGGUGAUGCUCGCCGUGAACCAAGGCCGCGUGCAGACCAACGUGCUCAACAUCGCCAACGAGGACUGCAUAAAAGUGGCGGCCGUCCUCAACAACGCCUACUACCUGGAAAACCUGCACUUCACCGUCGAGGGCAAGGACACGCACUACUUCAUCAAGACCACGUCCCCCGAGAGCGACCUGGGCACGCUGCGGCUGACGAGYGGGCGCAAGGCGCUGGAGAACGGCAUCAACGUGACGGUGUCGCAGUCCACGACGGUGGUGGGCGGCAGGACUCGCAGGUUCGCCGACGUGGAGAUGCAGUUCGGCGCGCUGGCGCUGCACGUGCGCUACGGCAUGACGCUGGACGAGGAGAAGGCCCGCGUGCUGGAGCAGGCCCGCCAGCGCGCGCUGGCCAGCGCCUGGGCCCGGGAGCAGCAGCGCGUGCGCGACGGCGAGGAGGGCGCCCGCCUCUGGACAGAGGGCGAAAAGAGGCAGCUGCUGAGUGCCGGCAAGGUGCAGGGAUACGAUGGGUACUAUGUACUCUCUGUGGAGCAAUAUCCGGAAUUGGCGGACAGCGCUAACAACAUACAGUUCCUCAGACAAAGCGAGAUAGGGAAGAGGUAACACCCUGGCUUAGCUCAGGCUGCCAAAGAGACCGUGUACCAAGUGGCUUCGGAAAAGGAGGCCAAACUGGUUUGCUGCAUUACUACUUGAGCCUAAGCUUACACCUUUGCUCAGAUUUUUUUCUGUAGCACAAUCCGAACGGACUCUGUAAGGAAAGGAGCGCCUUCCAGAAGAAUGGUAACUGCUAAUGACAAAACUUUUUUGUUUUGUUUUGUUUUUCUCAGUGACCUUAAAGGUGAUCUGCUUUAAAGAAUAUGUUUACAUAUGCAUAUCGCUGCACUCGAGUUGGACUGAGAAGUAUUGAAAAAGGAAGAAGAAGAAAAAAAAAACCAACGAAAAGAAAAAAGGCCUAAAGAUUUUUCAACAGGCUGCCUGUUCCUUUGAGGCACUGUAUUUAAUUACGAUACAGACCCAUACAGUGUUUCCAAAUAUUACUGAAUUGUUGACCUUUGCUUACAGAAAUAGUCUCUCUCUUUCUCUCUCUCUCUCUCUCUCUCUCUCUUUCUGCAUAGGAUGUGAUAUAUAUCUGUUAAUUUUAAAACAUGGGGCAAAAAUUACUGUUUAUAGACAACCCAACUGCUUUAAACUGUGCUGCUUUCUAAAAGGACAUUGGCACAAGUGACUUAUGCUACCAUGGGAAUUUAAUAAUGGAUUUUACAAUGCUAACAUGGUUUGCCUUGGGGGGAGGAAUGGCAGUAGAAUCCUUGUUAUAGAUAAGCAAAGGAAACCCUGAUUUUUUUGUAAAUUAUGUGAGACAAGUUGUUUAUGGAUUUUUAUAUGAAUUACAAUUUACUGUACAUCAAAUAUUAGUCUCAGAGGAGUUAAUUUAUGUAAAGUGUUUAAAAAAGUUUAUACUUAAAAAAUAAAAYGAUAAAAACGUGUGCUGUGUGUGAUUUUUUUAAAGAAAAAAAAAACAAAAGGAAUUGCACCUUUUACGUUAUAGCUGUACAGUAUAAAGGAUUAUAUUGUAGAGAUAUAACAGUGAUGACUAAUGUCCAAAAGUGUUAAUAUUUUUGUAUUAGGUUUGAAGCUGUGCAUCUAUCACUCUGCUGAUAGGAUGGAACAUGCCAAAGUGGCUGGCACGAUCCGACCGCAGCUCCCUCCCCUGCCGCCCCUCUCCCGUCACCCAGGCCAGUGCCACUUCAUCAGUCAUUGUUAGAAGGCACAGAAACCAAAUAAGUCUCGUUUAUUAUGAUGGAAGACUUUAAUAGGUUGGGUUUUCCUUGUCUUUUUCCAGCCCUGAUGUAAUAAAUGGACAUUUAUUCGUACCAAGUGGGGUUUUCUGUUGUUUUUUUAGAAGCUUUGUUUCACAACGGAGAGAAUAGUGUCUCAGGUGCUUGGCGCAUUGUGUGUAGAAGAAGAAGAAGAAAUGAUGUAGUUUCAUCCAGUUUUGUCAACUUUGUCUUCUGUAUAAUACAACUCUCUUAGAUGUUACGACCGCAGAGGGAGGAAGGGUCCCCGUGGCCCAGCUCUGUGGGCAGGCAAGGCUGUGCCGUGGGUCCGAGCCCUGGAACCCCCCUGCUGCGAAGACUGACCGUGGGGAGGGAGAGGAAGGGUCACCCUGGUGCCCAGUGUGCAUCUCCGCAUAGAAUCCAUAGAUUUGGCAUGCCCUGCUCCAGGACCCCCCCGUGUCUGCUUUGUUGCAGGACAGAACUGAAGCGUGCAGCUGGUUCCUCAUAGGAAGCCUGCGACGGCAUCUGUGGCAUCCGCUCUACUUCUUGGCUGAAGCCGUUCUCAGAGCUUUACUCUCCUGAGCGCUAAAUUCAGCCACAAAAAGUCAUAUUUUUAAGAUGAGACAAAAUUGGAGUUUUUUGAUGUUCAUUGAAAUAUACACAGUAUUUCUAUCCAUGUAUUAUAAUGACAAAAACAUAGUAAGUGAACGUGUCUUAACUAUGAAUGGUUCAAGUGGAUGUAAUAAAAAUAGUUUUCUAACUGCUUUGUAUUCUGAGAUUCUAUGGUAUUACGUACUCCAAAUUGCACAUUAGGAUUGUUUGGUAAACGGAUUGGAACUUCUCCCAGCCAAGCGGCUACCGAAUCYACAGUUAGCAGUGCUGUUCCUGUAGGUGUGUCUUUGGUAGAGCA